AUGGCGUCCCUCAGCCGGUUGUUUACACUGGCGCUGUGGAUCGGUCUGCUGACGCCCAUCUACAUGUUCCUCGAGAAAAACCUGGAGAAGUUCUACAUCUUCGACCACCAGCACCUGCAUGACCUCUCCAAGCGUGCCAUUGCAGCGCACGGAAACGACACCCGGUCUGUCGUCAACUACAUCGUGACCGAGCUCAACGGCAUUAACCCCAAGCACGUCAACCUCGACGAGGAAUGGGUUUUUAACAACGCCGGCGGUGCUAUGGGCGCCAUGUACAUCAUCCAUGCCAGCAUCACCGAGUACCUCAUUGUCUUUGGCACUGCCAUCGGGACCGAGGGUCACACUGGCCGCCACACCGCCGACGACUACUUCAACAUCCUCUACGGCACCCAGCUUGCCUACGUCCCCGGCGCCUACGAGGCUGAGGUCUACCCUCAGGGCACCGUCCACCACCUGCGCCGCGGCGACGUCAAGCAGUACAAGAUGGACGAAGGUUGCUUUGCCCUUGAGUACGCCCGCGGCUGGAUCCCACCCAUGCUUUUCUUUGGCUUUGCCGAUGGCUUGUCUAGCACUCUCGACUUCCCUACCCUGUGGAAGACCACGCGCAUUACUGGCCGCGAGAUGAUUGCCAACUUGCUUAAGGGCAAGUUCUAA